AUGGUCGUGGUCCGAGGCGUGUGCAUCAACGAGGAUGGCGGCCUCACAGAGGUCGGCUUUGAUUGGCGACGGGAGAUUGAUGAGGAAAGCAAUCUUGCCGGACUGCUCCAGGUCGACUGGCGACACGAGAUCGAUGAGGGAAGCAGUUCUGCCGGAUUGCUCCGGGCCCUCCCUGCCGGAGUGUUCUUUCCACAGGAGCCGGAGCCGGUGUGGGAGCCGAAAGUUGAGGAGAUCGCUUCUGGCGUAGAGAUCCUGACUGACGACCAGCAGCAGUAUAUCAUCUUGGUGCUGGUGACGAAAGGCAGGAUGCUCAAGCAAGGCAGGAAGCUCAAGCGCAACCAUCUUGCAGAGGGUUGGACAGCAGAGCACAUGGCACGCCAUGCGAUGCAGUUUAUCUUUGGCCCUGUAGUAGUGCUGCGGCAUCCACUGCAUCCACGGUCGAGCGCAACAGAAGGUCAGGACACCUCGGCUAAAGAAGUACUGGAGUCGCUAUUCGAGACGCAGACGACCAAGGCAGUACAAGCUGGCAUGUCUAUCAAGGAAGUGCUUGAAUUGACGCGGCAGCAAUUGGGAGUUCCAAUCCAAAAGCUCUGCUGCAAAGAUGGAAAGAUGACUGCCCAGUUCCAGGCAUGGAGCUGA